AUGCGACUAAUCACGCGCCUCUCCAUUUUCCUCCUGCUCGCAGCCAGUUCUACUAGUCACUAUUUCGGAGGAAUUUGUGAUAACAGCACGUGUGGCGAGCACGGCAGGUGCGAGGAUGGUCCGAUCAGCGACUCAUAUUGGUGCAGGUAAAUAAAUAUAUAAUUUUCCCAUGUCGCUUUUAUGCUUACUGAUGACAAAUACCCUUGCUAUUGCUUCCCAUAGACUGUGACGACGCAGAAAGAAAGUUUGGGCAGGUGGUCGGCAUGGGAAAGCGGGCAGCGCCAGGGCAACACCUGCUUUUCGAGUUCUCUGUACGGGAACCUCCAAAUGAAUUGCCAUCUCAGAAAGCGAAUGUUUUCGCCUUCUUAAUAUAAUACUUCAAUAUUUACAGUUGCGACGAAGGAUUCGGAGGUGACUUCUGUGAAAAGAGAUGCCCACUCAAAUGCGGAGAGCAUGAUAAAUGCAUGCUCGACCAGGAUAACACGUUCUCCUGCCAGUGUCAAGGUAAACAAUUACUUAAAACUGGAGGCUUCUUUACUCGUGUUUUCCCACCGGGACCCCGCACCAAUCACUCAUUUUUUACCCCUCGGCAGUCACUCAUGAAAUGUCCCUCCACUGAUAUCAGCUACCCUCCCCUUUUGGCGGCUUUGCCCCGGCCCCUCAAUUCAUCAUAACUCCACCUUUCUUGUGCUGGGGCCCGCCAAUUUGAAAUUACCGAAAAUUUGAGGGAUGUUCUAACACGCGUCGCUCCCCUCAAUAAUUGUUUCGACGAGGACACAUUGGACUGUACGCGGCUGCCUGAACCGCCCGUCCCAUAGCUCAUUUGUCUUGUUGGCGGCCUCAAAGUUUCCUCUGGCUGCUCGUCUGGCGCCCGAUAUUACCACGUUAGAGAAUUCAAAUGCAUUCAAUGAAAAUUUGCCUGAACUUCUUCGACUGUUAUGUUCUGUAGCUGUCUCUCAAAACACCUUCUGUUGACCCUCCCAUGACUACUCGUCCUUUCUCUGCCCCGUCAAUACCGAUCAUCUUCGGCCGAAUCAGUCUAUAAUUACUCCCGUUGGCGUCCGUCUUCUCGUGAUAAAGGUCGUGGGAACGGCGCGAAUCUUUCGGCACAGUUGGAGACCGAAGUGAGAAUUGUAGGGAAUCCCGCAGAGCGCACUUGCUCCAUCUGGUGUCGGAGCAGAUCCGAUCUCAAAUGCACCGUGUUGCGUGUUUCCCUAAUGAGAUUGACACCUAGUAUCACAAAGGAAAUCUUCCGUUUCGGUGGUUAAUGAGGGAUAAGGAGGGCACAAAAAACAAACUUCCGGCGCAAUUUAAAUGAGAUACGAUCGUGUCGUUAUUUGAAUGAAAUGCAUUCAAAGGGUGGCGUUCCUUAUUUGAAUCGUCCAUGUUAAAGUUUCUAACGUCUCUUUUAUUUCAGGAUCACACUGUCCCGGUUACAUCAAUGUCACAAGCAAGGCAUGCGAGGAAAACUCGUGCAACAACGGAAGAUGUGUGGCGUUCAAUGGUGGUUUCUUGUGCGUUUGCAAUAGCGGAUACUCUGGCUCUUUUUGUGAAAAAGGAUACAAUCACUGCCAGGAGCACAAGUGUUAUCCGAGAUCCGAGUGUAUCAAUCAAAAACAAGGAUACUUCUGCUCCUGUCCGCCGGGAAGAUCAGGGCGUUACUGUGACAUGCCCAAUUGUCAGAUGAUGCUCGGAAUUUGCAACAAAGGAAAGUGUAUCUCAAAUUCGGAAUCGGACAAACGAUUCGAUUGUAUUUGCGACGAGGGAUACACCGGAGAGUACUGCAAUAAGGACAAGAACGAGUGUCUCGGAGAGAAGAUGUGCUUGAACGACGGGAAGUGCAUCAAUCUGCUCGGCUCUUAUUAUUGCGAUUGUCCGCCCGGAUACACUGGAAAAUGGUGCGGCAAUACUGUUGAUAUGUGCGCUUUUCACAAAUGCGAGAACAACGGAACAUGCAUUCACACGGAGAAACAAGAGCCAGUCUGUCAGUGCAAAGACGGGUUCAUCGGAAAACGAUGCGAAAAGCAGUGCCCUCCGGGAUACACGGGAAGACGGUGCGAGCUCCGUCUGGACGAACGGACUUGCUCUCGUACGAAGGGACGAUGCCACAACGGAGGAAAGUGUAUCCAAGGAUUCUGCACGUGUCCACCUGAUUACACAGGAACGCAUUGCGAAAUUCACAAAAGCGAUGUUGUCAGGGAGAGAAGCAAUACGUGUGCUUCGGAUCCGUGCAUGAACAAUGCCACCUGUGUCGACGUCGAUGCAGAGAUCGGAUAUGCGUGUCUCUGCCCGGAAGGAUUCGAAGGAGAUAUUUGUGAAAGACAGAAAGGUAAGAAUGAAAUCUUUAACUCUAAAUUUAAAAUUGACAUUGAUUUCAGAUUGGUGUAAAGAACAAGAAAACGCCUGCGCAAACGGAGGGCACUGUCAGAGAAAAGGCGAUUCGUUCAUUUGCACUUGUCCAGCUGGAUUCGAAGGCGAGCGAUGCGAGCAGUUGGAGAAGUUCACGUGCAAUUCAAAUCCAUGUGCCAACGAGGGAGUUUGUGUGCACGUCGGUCGCUCUGCCAAAUGCGAAUGUCCGUUCGGAUUUGCCGGACCCAAGUGCCAGGAAAGAGUAGAUUUGCCCGAUUCGAAGGAGCGUAUGCUCCGAACGAUUUGCGAUCAACGCAACUGCUCUUCUCUGGCCGGGAACGGGAUCUGCAAUCCAGAAUGCAAUCAAGAAGUGUGCAAUUUCGAUGGAGGAGACUGCUCCGGAGGACAACAGCCAUUCCACAGAUGCCAGUACGCGGCCAAGUGCUCCGAUGCUUUUGCGGACGGCGUCUGCAAUCAGGAAUGCAAUAGUGAAGAGUGCCUCUACGACGGAUUGGACUGUCUGUCGGCAGUGUCCCGAUGCCCCGCCAAAAUUCGCAAUUUCUGUGCUCAACGUUUCGCUAACGGUGUCUGUGACGUGGAAUGCAAUUCGGAAGGGUGUGGGUACGACGGAGGAGACUGUGUCAACCGAACACAAAUGACAAUUCUGACGGACAUUCGCAUCAAGAUCCAAAUGGAUCCGAUGGUUUUCAAAGAGAGUGGAGGACAAACUCUGAUUGACAUCAGUUCAGCCCUCCGAGCAACUGUUCGAAUUCAAAGAGACGAGAAAGGCCCGCUUGUUUUCGAGUGGGACGGAGAAAAAGAACUGGAAAGACUGGAAAUGGACAUUGAGCGACUCGCCGAACAGAACGUUUUGUCCACACGCGUUCGGAAGACCCGCAGUACGAACUACCAACUGAUCAGAGGAAUCGUGCUCUACAUGGAGAUGGAGGAGAUCUGCCAGGUUACCGACUGCCGUUUCACGUCAGCGCAAAGCGUUGUCGACUUGAUUGCCGCCGGACUGACCAAGACCGAUGUAAGAAACUAAAGAAAUCCUCUUCGUUCUAUUAAAAAAAUAUUUUCAGGGUCGCAGUUCGUUCGGACUUCCCAUCACAGAAGCUAUGGUGGCCAGUCCGAAGAAAUCCAGUGGUAGCAGUGGAUGGAGCCGAAAUCAAAUUCUGCUGGUCGCCGUCAUAGCAUUCCUUGCCUUCGGGACCGUUGCCGCUGGAGUGGUUGCCAAAACGGGCGACAACGAAAGAAGCAGGAAGAGGAAGAUGAUCCACGCACAAGUUUGGAUGCUCCCGAAAGGAAACGUCGCCGGAGUCGAUGACCCCAAAAUUCAGUCGAUUCGGUCAAGUCAGUGUUCUCUUCUCACGAACAACGAGCCAUUCCAUGCAAAGAGACAUUGCGGAGAGUACGAUAUGCCGUAUGGAGGCAACCAUCAGCAGUUCUACCCGCAACAGCUCAGAGAAGAAUACACAUCUCUGAAUCCAACUUCCGUUUCAGCGAAGAAAAUGUGAGAUUGCUGAGAUUUCAAUUUCACAUAAGACUUUUUCAGUGAUCUACAUGUUCAAGCUUCUGGAUGUGGCCCGAUCACCAUACCACUGACGAAGGAGUCGGUGAAUCAAGUUGAUGCGACGUUCAAACGACAUGUGCUCCAUUGGCUGGCUGCGAACAAGAACAAUAUGCCGGAGGACAUGAUCACGUCGGAGUCAAAAAGAUGCAUUGAAGCGGGUGCCGAUGUGAACGCCCUCGACAGCGAGGAGAACACGCCGUUGAUGCUAGCGGUGCGUGCGAGAAGAGUCAGACUUGCCGUCAUGCUUAUGAAAGCCGGAGCAGAUCCAACCAUCUUCAACAAGGCGCAACGAAGCGCACUGCACGAGGCGGUUUCAUUCCAAGAUCAUCGAAUGGUCAUGAUUCUGCUUCUUGACAAACGAAUGCUCAAAGAAAUAGACGAACUGGAUCAGAACGGAAUGACGGCCUUGAUGCAAGUCGCGCGAAAGCACGGAGACGAUCAAGUCAAGAUGGCACAGCUGCUCAUCAAGAAAGGUGCCAAAAUUGACGCGGAUGGAACUGCGCGGAAGAACACGGAGCUCUACCGCGGACGAACUGCCCUCCAUUAUGCAGCCAGUGUGAACAAUGUGCCGAUGGUGGAGUUCCUUGUGGCCAACGAUGCGAACAAAGACAAGCCGGAUGAGGACGGACAGACUCCUCUGAUGUUGGCAGCGAGAGAAGGACACGAACAUACCGUCCAGUUCCUCGUGGAGGCCGGCGCCAGCAUUUCUACCACUGACAAAAGUGAAAAAACUGCGGCUGCAUUGGCAGCUAGUCGAUACCAUCACGAUAUCGCCAAGUACCUUGUCGUGGCACAAAGGAAUCAGCGCGACAAUUUCGUCCGCCAACAGACUGCUCGCGGGGAAGGAGCCCGUAAGCCUGGCCGCCAGAACAUGAAGACGGUCAAGCGAGCUGCGUUGAAGAAGGAGUCGACUGUAGCAGCGAUACUGUCGCCCGGCCAGUCAACCCGCCUGACUCCGCCUCCAUCAGAUGGAUCCUUCUCUUCUCCGUCACCCCAUUUUGUUCAAACGAUGACAUCGACUCCAACGGCAGUGGAAUCGAGCCCCGAUCACGGUUAUCAAUCUGAGAUGGUGAGUUUCAGGAAUUGUUCAACUAUAUCGAGACCUUUUUUCAGCCGGCAACCACAUCAAAUUGGUACGUCGAUCCCUCUGCAUAUACCGAAGGAAUAUACCAGCAGAUGCCGAAUUACCCUGCCUACUACUAUCCCCAGCAGUAG